GUCCCUCCCUUCCAAGGGGACGAUAAAUGUGGAGUCUGCGCCGUUCUGCAGGCCGACAGCCGUCCGGGUCCUCACGUACACGUGUGUAGAGAGCCGCCCCGUCUAUCCCCCCUUUUCUGCCAUUGCUAGUAUUCUAAGCUAGCAAUUGCCAAUAUGCGCCUUACAUAUGGUACGCCAGUGUACUCGAUUUUUUAGAGGGACAAGGAGAUUGCAAUUGGUCGCUAUGAUGCUUGUCCACACGGGUAGAUACUGUGCAAUUCCAGGCCUUUCGUAUGUUUGGUCACAACUUCGUAUAGACAGGUACAUACCUGUCCGUUCCCGUUUUAGCUCGACCGAGCCGGUUCGAAUCACGGCGCACAGGCGUUCCGGCCAAGCCAACGGUGUGCCGUCAUUUAAAGGUGAGGGAGAGGCCCUAGACCGGUCGGUAUAGGCAAACUGGAUGUAAGAUUCGGGAUGCCCCAAGCC